CCCUCCCGCGCCUGCAGCGCCACCGGCUAGCCGAGGGAACGGCCGGGAUGGCGGCAGAGGGCUGGGACUGCCCCGCCACCCGCGCCCUCCUGGAGGCCGCCUACUUCCCGCCGGGCUGCAGCGGCCAGGAGCUGGAGGACUUCUGGGCUUUCUUCCGGCGCCUGCGGGGCUUCUGCGAGCGGCAGGGCUCCGGCGCGGGAGACCGGCCGGCCUAUGACCCCGGGUGCCGCCUGAACCUGCGGCUGCCCCGGCGAGUGGCUGCCGGCGUGUCCCCGGCGCUAGCGCGCCGCUUCGGCCUAGCGUUGCUCCGCUUCCUGGAUUUCGCGCAGCGGCGGAGCUUGGCCCGGCUGGCGCGGCUGCAGCGGGAGCGCGCCGCCCUGCCCAUCGCCCGCUCGCGGCAGUCGCUGCUGGCCGCCCUGGCACGCAGCCCGGUGGUGCUGGUGGCCGGGGACACGGGCUGCGGCAAGUCCACGCAGGUGCCCCAGUUCCUGCUGGCCGCCGGCUACUCCCACGUGGCCUGCACCCAGCCGCGGCGCUUGGCCUGCGUGGCGUUGGCCCAGCGCGUGGCCCGCGAGAGCCUGGGCCGCUUCGGGGACCAGGUCGGCUACCAGAUCCGCUUCGAGAGCGCCCGCUCGCCGGCCACGCGCAUCGUCUUCCUGACCGAAGGGCUGCUCCUGCGCCAGGCCCAGCGGGAGCCCACGCUGCCCGCCUACCGGGUGCUGAUUGUGGAUGAGGUCCACGAGCGGCACCUGCACUGCGAUUUCCUGCUGGGCGUCCUGCGCCGGCUCUUGGAUGCCCGCCCUGACCUCAAGUUGGUGCUCAUGUCUGCCACCAUCAACAUCCAGCUUUUUGCCGACUAUUUUGGGGGCGCACCUGUGAUCCAGGUUCCUGGACGCCUCUUCCCCAUCACGGUCAUCUACGAACCCAUCCGCCCUGAGGAAAGCAGCCGUGGGCGCAGGGAGCGACUGGGCGUCCAGCCCUUCCUGCGGGUGCUCCAGGCCAUUGACCACAAGUAUCCGCCGGAGGAGAGGGGAGACCUGCUCAUCUUCCUCAGCGGGGUGGCUGAGAUUGGGGCAGUGAUGGAGGCCGCGCAGUCUUACGCGGCCUUCACCAAGCGCUGGGUGGUCCUUCCUCUUCACAGCACCCUCUCUGUGGCCGAGCAGGACAAGGUCUUUGACCUUGCUCCACCAGGAGUCCGGAAGUGCAUCAUUUCCACCAACAUUGCGGAGACUUCUGUGACCAUCGAUGGGGUCCGGUUUGUUGUGGAUGCAGGAAAGGUGAAAGAGCUGAGCUAUGACUCCAAGGCCAAGUUACAUCGCCUCCAGGAGUUCUGGAUCAGCCGAGCCAGUGCUGAGCAACGCAAGGGCCGGGCAGGCCGCACUGGGCCCGGGGUCUGCUACCGCCUCUACGCUGAAUCAGACUAUGACAAUUUUGCCCCCUACCCAGUGCCAGAGAUCCAGCGGGUGGCCCUGGAUGCCCUGAUUUUACAGAUGAAGAGCAUGGGGCUAGGCGAUCCCCGAGCGUUCCCUUUCCUGGAGCCACCUCCUUGGGCCAGCCUGGAGGCAGCCCUGGGCUAUCUAAAGCAUCAGGGUGCCCUGGAUUCAGCAGAGGCCCUAACACCCAUUGGGACUCUCUUGGCUCAGCUGCCAGUUGAUGUGGUGAUUGGGAAGAUGCUAGUGUUGGGGACGCUCCUGGACCUGGCUGCCCCGACACUCACCAUUGCCGCUGUCCUCAGCGUGCCCUCUCCCUUCCUGCACAGGGGCGGGGGGCGCAGCGACCUGAACUGCCUGGCAGCCCGGCGAAGCCUGGGGAGCCCACUGGGAGACCCCCUGACCCUUCUGAAUAUCUUCAACGCCUGGGUCCAGGAGAAAGCGGCCAAUCGCCGAGGAUCCCAGCGGUGGUGCCGACAUCGGGGCCUGGAGGAACAUCGGCUCUACGAGGCGGCCAAUCUGCGGCGCCAGUUUCAGGAAUUGCUGCGGGACCACCGACUGCUGCGCCCUCCUGCUCAGCCUUACAGCUCCUACGCUCGACAGAGGAGGAGGCGGGAACAUCGAGAGCUGCACAGACUCAAGCGGGAGCAUGAGCAGCGGGGUGGGCGCCGGCGGAAGCUGUUGCGGCUGCAGGAGGAGGAACAGCAGCAGCAGGAAGGAGGAGGAGGGUCCGGUUUUUCAUCUGGGGAAGAGGAGGAGGGUAGUUCCUGCCUAGACAUCCAGGAUGUGAAUUUCCAGCUGCGACAUGAUAUGGAGGAGCUGCAGGCAGCUGCCCGUGAAGGCCAUGGGCUCUCCACCAGCCAGCUGGCUCUGCUGCAGCUGGUGCUGGCUCAGGGCCUUUAUCCUCAGCUGGCUGUCCCCGACCCUUUCAACGAGACCCGCAAGGAUUCGGAACAGAUCUUCCACACAAGAGAGAAAGCAGGCCUUGUCCUGCACCCGACCAGUGUGUUUGCUGAUGCCCCAGAACUGCUGCAUUCGGACUCCAAGGCUGGCAAGGACCCAGAUGCCAAGGAGAGGAUGACCAGCCACCCCCAAAUCCUGUCCUUCGUCUCACUGCUGGAGACCCACAAGCCCUACAUGGUAAACUGUCUCCGCCUGCCAGCACUGCAGGUGUUGCUGCUUUUGGCUCGCUCUCUCGAUACCAACGCUGACUGCACGCGCAUAGUGGCUGACUCCUGGCUUGAGCUUCAAGUCCCCGUGGCAGAGACGGCCGUGCGGAUGCUUGGCAUUGCCCUGCGCCUCCGGGCCUCUUGGGACAAAGUGUUGGACAAGUGUCUGCAAAGAUUGGCAGGCCCGGCUGGGGAGGAGGAAGAGACAGAGGCACCACUCAGCGCCCCAGAGGUGUGCCAACUCACACACGAACUGUUGGGCUUCCUGAAGACGGAGGCCCAGUACAGCCUCCGCCGAAUGACCUCUCUGGAGCAGCAGCACCUCUAUGGAGGCCCUCAGAUGGCACCUGAGGAGGCUGAAGUGCUGCCCAGCUUCUUCCAGGGGGUGCAGCUGGUGCCCCACGAGGUGAAAGGUGGCUACAGGAUUGGCGAGUUCCUGACAUUUAAUUGUCUGGCAGGGGAGGGAGAUCUGUACAGUGACUGCCUGCGCAGCUUCUGGACGUGCCCACAAUGUGGGCUCUACAUGCCCUUCACUCCUCUGGAGCGUGUGGCCCAUGAAGAGGCCUGCCGGUCUCCUGGCCCUCAGGAGGGGCCCCCCGGCUGCGAAGGGCCCAGAGGGGGCGCAGCGGAGACUGCCUCUGGCACCUCUGCCCUGCAGCAACUCUACCACUGUGCCAUCUGCCAGAACAGCCUGCACCUCACACCCACAGAAAUCCUGAAGCAUCGGAAGCAGCAUCAGGGGUACUUGUGAAAGGGCCCUUGGGGGAUUUUCACAGUUGGGUCACUCCCUGGAACUGGCCGUGACUCGGAGGAUGAGCCCAGAGGAAGGGGAGUCUGGCUGCUCCCCAGCAAACAUCAUUUGGCCCAAUCAAGGUGAAUGAGUCUCUAUGAGGCAUGCCUGGAGUUGCUGUGAAAACUUUAAACUGAUGUGGGCAUAUUGUAAUUGUCAGGCAUUAUUUAUUUUAUUGCAGUCAUUAACCAGCACAUUUUUAACCAUUCUGCUGAAAUAAAAUAUGAUAAUUUUAAGCUGGGGUUAUAAGGAAAUAAUAAUGAUGAUGAUGAUGAUGAUGAUGUUAAAAUCCACUAUACCAAUGUCUAAAUAGCAAUAGAGUUUCUGAAAAUAGAAAACCAAACAAAAAGGAAACAAUCCAGUUUUGGAAAGAUCUACAAGAAACUCAAGCUAUAAUAAAAAUGAUGGAUGGAUAAAAGAAUUUGAAGAUGAAUUUAUUAAAAAUCAAAUGGAAGAACAAGAGCAGAAAUCGCUAAAAUUGGGUGAAAGGGAUUAAAAACAACAUCUGGAAGUCAUCAAUUACAUGACUCAAUUUUAGCUCAAAUAUCUGACCAGCUGACAUGCCAUUAUAACUAAAUAGCUUAAUGAAAAAAGAGACAUCAGUGACUGGUUAAUAGCUGGCAAAAUGUAUCCGAUUCAAAAGGACUCAGCAAAAGCAACAAAAACAGGAAACCAUAGGCCGACAAUAUCUUUGCCUACAAUGUUUAAAUUACAGCAUAAAACUGGAGAACACCCAAGAUUGUUUAGAAGAAAAUAAUAUCCAGUAAAACAGAAAGGAAAUAAAAGGAACAGCAGAUCAAGCAAAGAUCAAGUUCAGAUUGGUAAAAUAAUUUUGGAGAAUUGCAAAAUAUGAAAAUCCACUUUACAUAUCAUCUGGAUUGAUUAUAAAGUGCAAUUGAUUCAUUACCACAUAAUUGGAUCAUCAAAUGUUUGGAAACAACUGGUGUCAGUAAAAAUAUUAGGAUGUUUAUAGUAAAAAUAUGGAGCAGUAGAAGACAAAAUUGGUUGGAAAUGAAAAAUAUGGGCUUGUCACCGUUGGGAGAGGCAUCUUGCAGAGUGACUCAUUAUCAACAUUUAUUUAAGUGACUUUGAAGGAAGGAAAUCUUGGUUACCAAACAAAAUAGGUGCUAAUAAAAUCUCACCUUUGCUUUAUAAGGAUAACCUGCAGCUUUAUGGAAAAUCAGAAAUUGAAGCCCAGUCAUUAACAAAUACCGUAAGGAUUCUUAGGAUAGAUAAAUAAAUGGAAUUUGACUAGAGAAAUGUGCAAGAGUAAUAAUAAUGUUGGGGUAAAAUCACAAACAAUAAUAGAAUCGAAAUACCAAACAGCUAUAUCCUUGGGAGCCAUCAGGAUGAAGUUUACAAGUAUCUGGGUAUUUUACUAUUGCAUAUCAUAAAAUGCGGACAAGUUAAACGUGCAAUUAGGACAGAGUAUAUCCAAAGAGUGAGAAAAGAGUUAAAACCAAAAUUGAAUGGUGGAAACGGCAUCAAAGCAUUUAUACCUGGGCCAUACCUGUGGUGCAGUAAAAACCUCUUUUUACUACCCUGUAAUCCCUUAACUUGGGAUAGAGCCUGGCGCUGAGGGUUUACUGGCUGGAUGCCCUUCUUGAUGCUUAUGCCAAGUUUAUAGCAGAUAUUUUCUCUUUGUAUCUCAGGAGAAAGAAACAUCUGCUGCUGUCUAGGAUUGAACUCCCAACCUUCCUAGUGGGAGGCGAGCAUCUUCACUAGGCCACCAUGCCACUCGAUACCUGGGAUACAAUAUACUGCUCGAAUUAUUAAUAGGAAAGAAGCUCAAAUGGGCAGUUUGGACUAAAAAAACAAGAGAAUGACUAUUCACUAUUCAUUAUAUCCCUGUAGUGAUAGUGAUCAAUUAUAUCUGCCCUGCAAAUAUGGAGGCAGAGGUUUACUGCGAGUCAAACUGCUGAAGAAGAAAAGCAUGCACAACUGACUACAUAAAAGAUUGCCAAAAAACAAGCAUAACUGGAACUUACUGAAUGUUCAGGAAACAUAACAUGAAUAUUCAAAUAAUGUAAUAAAAACAAGAACCAACUGCUGGCACUACAUGGUCAAUUUCUACACAAGAUCAAGGGGAAAGUGGAUAAAGAUAAAACAUGGCAGUGGUUUUCAACUUACAACAAAGAAAGUUAUUCUGUUUUCUAAAAUUAUUGCACCUCCCAAAACUCAAUCUUGUUAAGCUUUUUGCUUUUUAAGUCAAAAACCUUUAAUAUAGUAUUUUUCCCCCUCUUGAUUCCAAAACAAAAGCAACUCACUGUCUUUAUUUUUUCGUACUAUUUGGAAGACUUUUCUUAAACUGAAAUUAAUUGUAUCAAAAAGUGUUUUAAGAAAACGAGGCUUUUGCAUAUCUGGCGUCCAUAAAGGCUGCACAAUGGUUUUGAGUGUGAUGGUAAUCCCUCA